AUGACCAUGAACUUGCCGGUGUGACUUCCCCUGUUAUCCAAACAAGCACAGUAGCCAGGAUUUGUUUGCCUAAGUCAGUCUGCCUUCAGGGGUGAUAAACCCUGGCAUGUCCCAGACAGACAGCCUGAGCUACUGGUCCUGUCCUCCACAACAAGGUGCCUUUGGAAACAGGACACCUUGGAUACCAAGCCCUAAUCCUCGUUAAUUCAUGGUUGGCCAUUACCAGUUUUAUCCGGUUUUCUGUCCCUUACCAGCUGUCUUUUGAUUCUAUCAAUUGCCAAAACUAAGGCUUAUCUUGUGGCAAUACUUAGAGAAGAAAAACAAGUUAACAGUCACACCAGGGUACACCCUAAAAAUCCCCGUAGUAUUAUGUUAUCUAAUUCAUCUGACUUGUAAAGCCCCACAUUUCCCAGUAGGUUGUUCUUGCAUGAUCCGGAACAAAGUGAUAAGACCAGGCAUAAGACCAGGAGGUAUGAACAAGUUUGUACUUGGCCGCUUCAGUACAGCUUAGCCCACGUCAGGGCUGGUAACCUCCGACUCUGCUUUGUUGCCUGGCAACCGCUGAUGUUGUCACCACCCACAGGAGAUGUGGGCAGGGCCUGCAGUUAGCCAUCGCUCAACAGGUCUACCCUAUCAAAGCACCCAAGUUAGGGUACUGGGCAGUAGGCGUGUGGAUGGGGUAUAUAGCACCGGCGCGUGGUGCCCGGAGAGCAGUUAGUGCAGCGAACAAUCACACCCAGCAGUGACCAGCAUCAUAGGUCAAGUUUGGAAUGUAGCAGCCCUCAGCGCCAGAGACACAAGGGCAGCCCAUUUCCUAGAGCAGGAGUCAGAUUGUACCAGCAGUGAAUACCAGAAGGAUCACCUUUUCUGUACUUUCUACUUACUAGGGGAGAGGCAUUCAUCCAUAGAGGAUUUGCCCAUGGUGUUUCUUGGUGGAAUUGGAAGUGUGCUCUUUCUAAGGUUCAAAGGAAUGCUGAGGGGAACAGACAUCCUGACAGUUGGGUAAAGAAAAGGUCAUCUCAUGGAGUCUAAACCAAGCAUAAGCAGCUAAACAGUGGCUGCUAUCCAGCUGCCCUUUCAAGGUGAUUGUAUGGUGUGGGCAAGUCGUGGGAGAGUCCGGUAUACAUGUAAUACCAUGCUUGACUGAAUCUCUGGACUUGAAUGAGGAGGUAAGCCAGGAUUUCUUGUGCUUCUGGCCUUGCCACGCCUGACAACAAGAAUCAAUUUGAGUGGACAACAAGCUGAGAGCUGCUGUGUUUCCUAUGAAUACCUGCAGCUUAAGCUUCAGACUAGCUACAGAGACCAAAGCACAGGUGCAGGAAAAGUGGGCAAACUUCCAAGAAGGAGAAACAACGAAAAAGCCUUUUAAGAAAGCUUUCCAGCAGAUGUUUUCCAUGAUGACUAGCGGACACUGUAACACUUCCAAAAUGUACACUAUAUUACUGGUACUGACACUGUUUGCUGUUCAGGAUUCCCAAUGUCAAGACAUCUAUGCAAGCGAAAAACCCGAGAAUACGAAAGGUAUUUUUUACAUAGAUGUUGACCAGGAAAUUGAUACAGUGCCAGAGAGGAAAGGUGCCACUACCAUCUAUUCUUCAGGACAGCCCCCAGACUCUACAGCAGGCGUAUGUGAGCCCUGUGUCUGUAGUCUCACGGACGGCACAGGUCCACCUGGCCGGGACGGCAAGCCAGGACCGCCAGGUAUCCCCGGGAAACCAGGCUACAAUGGGGUGAACGGUUAUCCUGGACCAAUGGGACCGAAAGGCAAUCAGGGAUACAGAGGCUACAAAGGGGAAAAGGGGGAUCCUGGCCUGGCAGGCAGGCAGGGUCGUCCUGGGAUUAGGGGGAGACCAGGCAGGCGAGGAGUGCCGGGCCUACCCGGGGACGCUGGACAGCCUGGGAGCGUGUCGGAGGCUGCCGCAUACCUUUCAGGGGACCAAACUCUGAUCCAGGCUCGCUUGAAGGUAGCGUUUUCUGCCGUCAGGACAGAAAGCUACGGACCUUUCAUCACUGACGAACCUGUUCCCUUUGACAUGAUCCUCAGCAACUCAGGCGGAUUUUACAACAACAAAACCGGAGUAUUCAGAGCACCAGUCGAUGGUCACUACCUCUUCCACUUCCACCUGAUGAGUACCAACAAGGCUGCAACAACCUUCGUGGACUUGAUGAAAAAUCAUGAAAGCCAAGUCAUGGCAGCCUUCUAUGGACCGGCAUAUGACAUAGCCAGUAACACAGCGAUUCUCCAUGUGCUGAGGGGACAUGAGAUAUGGCUGAGACUGAGGCGACAGCGGGCCAUCUACAACCCCAGUAAAACUGGCAGGUACUCUACCUUCUCAGGAUACCUGCUCUUCUCUGACCAAUGAUGGUGCUUUUAGUAGUUCUACAGUAGAAACAUGUGUCGCGACUUUGAUACACAAGUAAAUGCUACAAUGUCCAAGGGGUCAUUUUUCUACAGGCAUGGAAGGACAUUCUACAUUCUAUAUCUAAUCAAGGCAGUUCUAUUCAAAGCAAUAUUUUCAUU